UGUCAUACUUCCUCGCUUUACACAUCUCCCACAUCGUGUUGGCAUCAAGCGGCAUCACCCCCACUUUCACCUCCCCACCAAACUCCCUCGCUAAUCAUUUCGACCCCGCCAGAUCCCUAGACAUUGAGAUACCCGUCCGUUUCAACGGACCAAUUUUCAGCUUCUGCAUCGUCGCCGGAUCACGUACACUCAACGUCUUCGCGACCGGUCCGCUCCUGGUCUUCGCCUGGUAACGCCGCGCAAGCCGCCCCCGUCCGUUCCCACCACCAAUUCAACCCUCGUAUGCGAUUGCCGGGCACGCGCGAUUUCCCCCGGAACCCCACCAUCGCACCCUAUUGUCAGCGCCCACUCUCCGGUGCCGUCACAUAGAACCAUCGAGCGUCGCCCAACAUGUUCUGGAGAUUUGGCGGUUACGCCAAUGUCUCCACCAUCGACACGAUUCUUGAGCGGGACAACUUUGAACUCGAGGAGCUCCUUGACGAGAGCGACCUGGUGCAGGAGCUGAAGCAGCACAAUGCACGCCUCGUGGAAUACCUCCGGGAUCCUCAAGUGCUCGAGAAGUUGUUGAGAUACGUCGUCGCACCUAAGCUCGAACCGGUCGCCUCGCCCGACGAUGAGGAGGAGGACGAAGACGGCGACGAAAAGGCCAAGAACGCCUUGCGAGCGUCCACCGCCUCCGAAGGUUCUUCGAGAGCCGACGACACCAGCCGGGAGGAUAGGGAAAAGAAGCGAAAUCGCUACGCCCUCAUCUCCACCGAGAUCUUGUCCUCGGACACUUGGUCAAUGUAUGAUGCGCUCAUGGAGAGCAAGCCGCUUCUCCGUGAUUUCUGGCAAUUUUUGAAGCGCGACGCCCCGCUCGACCCCCUUCAAGCCAGCUAUUUCACAAAGGUCAACGAAUCGCUGUUUGACAAGAAAACGGAGGAAAUGUUGGACCUACUCAAGUCGAUGGAUGGCGCGGUGCAGGACAUCUUGCGACACGUGGAGUGUCCCAUGAUCAUGGACCUCUUGCUCAAGAUCAUCAGCCUGGAACGUACCGAGAGCGGCCAGGGCAUCGUUGAGUGGCUUUACACCCAGAAUGUCAUGUCGGCUCUCGUAUCCUUUCUCAGCCCGGAGCAUAGUUGGGCCACGCAAACUUCUGCAGCCGACUUCAUUAAGGCUAUCAUCACCGUCUCCGCCAAUGCGUCGCAAAACGAGCAGACAUGCAUUGGCCCAAAUGAGCUCACCCGACAGCUGGUCUCGAAGCCGUGCGUCGAGCAGCUUAUUAAGUACAUGCUGGGCGGCGGCAACCCCCUAACUUGCGGCGUUGGCAUCGUCAUUGAGGUCAUCAGGAAGAAUAACUCAGAUUACGAUCCCGAAGGCGUGGAUAUCAAUGCUCCCCCGUCGAGUCGGGACCCGAUCUAUCUGGGCACGCUCCUCCGCCUGUUUGCCGAGCACGUUCCCGAUUUCAUGAACCUAAUCCUCAAUGCGCCAGCCCAGAAUCAGCACCUUUCCUCCACUUUUGGCAACAAGAUUGAACCGCUUGGGUUUGACCGCUUCAAGACGUGCGAGCUCAUGGCGGAGCUCUUGCAUUGCAGCAACAUGAUGCUGCUCAACGAGCAGGGCGCCGAAGAGUUGAUUGCCGCUCGCGACGCACAACGGCAUCGACUUCGAGCCGAAGGCCAGCUGCUGCCGGUGAGCAAUCGCGAACCUGCCCCUGCCGAAGAUCUUUCGAUGCGAGUUUCACAGUCCUCGGCUUCUGAACAAGGCCGGAAACUGGAGGUCAUGAACGCCACUGUGGAAGACGACGGCUUUGAGGAGGUGUCACAUGCCGCAGACGAAGACAAUACCCACGGCGUUCUGGAGCUUCCCGACGCGCCCGCGCAGCCACCUGCUCCACUGGUCGAUAAGGACGACGAGGAAUUCGUGGACGAGCCCCUAACAUCUCCUAACCCGGGCGCGCAUGAUCCGGCGGUUAGGCCUCACCUGCCCAGCAAAGAGGGAGUAGAGACACCGGGACGUGGUGAAGCAAAGACGGACAUCCCUGCUACCGGCUCAGCAGUGGAGAGCCCACAGUCGAAAUCCCAAGAGACGCCAGAGCGUGCUCAAGACCUUGGUACACAGGAGCCAGAGCAGGCUGUUAAGACGGAUAGUACGCCGCCUGUAUCGGAAGGGGAAAACGCCGAGAACAAAAUCGGGUCGGCAGCGCCAGUUGAGGCUGAUUCUACAGCCCACGGAGAGAUACAACCUCGCCCAGAGGACAUUCCUGCGCCCUUGUUCUCGAGAGAGAACCGCCAAUCAACCUCAGGCGAACCACCAUCGUCGGCUGAAGGGGCAAGCGGCACAACCGUGACCGCUAGCCCAGAGCAAGAUCCGAGACUCGAUCAAGCAAAGACCGAGGAUAGCUCGGCCCCGCAGCCCGCUCAGCCGGGUGGUGAUAGUUCUGUCGCCACGGGUGAUGCUGCGGAGCCCGCCCCUAGCGCCCCCGCCCAGCCCAAGCCGGUUGUUGGGGACUUUCUGAAGAUGCAGUUCGUCGAGUACCGUGUCGUUCCUACCAUUCUGAGCUUCUUUUUCCGGUACCCGUGGAACAACUUCCUCCACAACGUGGUGUAUGACAUUGUCCAGCAGGUGUUCAACGGGCCUAUGGACAGGGGCUACAACCCCACACUCGCCAUUAGUUUGUUCGAGGCUGCCGACAUUACCAAUCAGAUCAUCAAGGGCCAACUCGCUAGCGAAAAGUCCCAGGCUGAGAGCAAGACACGCAUGGGGUACAUGGGCCAUCUGACGCUCAUCGCGGAGGAGGUUGUUAAAUUUACCGAACGCCACCCGCCCGAACUUCUCAGCGAAGUGGUGCUCGAGAAGGUGAUGGCGCCAGACUGGGUCAAUUACGUCGAGGGCGCUCUCGCCGAGACCCGUGAGCGUGAUAACGCCAUCCUGGGCGGCGUCCGCCCCGAGGUGGCCAUGAACCGUGCCAGCGGGCAGGGCCUGAUGGGCGGCGGUUUCUCCGGUCUGAGCUCUAUCGGGCUCGGCGGCGGGGCGUCGAGCGCUCUCGCUGACGCUGGACUCAACGGAGGCUCGGACCUUGCUGAGGGCGCCGGCGGCGGUGGAAUGGGCCCAUUCUCUAUCAGCUCUGGAACCCUGAUGAGCGGCUUCGGCAGCUCGAGUGACGAAGACGAUGAUGAGGAACAGGACACCGAGGAAGAUGUCAACAAUGAGUUUCGGGCUUACACCGAUCCCCUCAACGCCAACCACAAUUCCAUGGAUCCACCAUCCAUUCCACCUCCUCCACCUCCGCCCCCACCCCUCAAUAUCCCCCCUUCACGGGCGCGCCUUCAGCUUGCCGCCCGGUUAGCCAUGAAUAAGAAGAAUGCUGCUACCGCUGCCGCAUCUAACGGGGGCCAAGAAGGCAGCUCUCCCCCCACCGCAGACGAUGCCACGGGUUCCGGGGUCUUCAGCCUGCCCAAUACGUCUGCCAGCGAACGCCUGCGAAACCCCUUCGCUGAUUACGAGGACGAUGAUGAUGACAAUUCUGGCAGCGGAAGCAGCGAUGGCGAGCCCGAAACGGUAGAAGGCGAGGAGAGCCUGGGCCUGGGCGCGGGCAACUCGACCUGGCAUCGCGGUUCCUGGUGGCGGGAUGUGGUCCGUGGCUCCCGUGGCAGGCGCAGGCGAUCAGGAAGCCGCGACGAAGGCGAUGCUCAAGACAUGGAGAUUGAACGUUUUGGGGAUGGGAGGGACGAUGACAGCAGCGACGAGGAGGGCGGGCGGCGGCUGGCCGACGAUGACUACAUUGAGGAUGAGGAGUUUGGUGACUUCGCAAUGCCCGAAGUUGAGGAGCGAACCACAAGCAGCACCGUGUCCGGCAUCGAUCCCUCCCGGAAAAGUAUCAUCCACAAACCCACGGCAGUCCAUCCCACCGCGUCGACGAUCAAGAGCAGUGGCAUCAGCCCCUUCAGCAGUCUCUGGCCAUUCUCGCGAGAGAAAAGGGAGGGAGAGGAGGCGGCGACGGUGACGACAAAGAGUGAAGGGUCGAACGCCAGCGCGCCCGCGGGGAGCGCGCAGGGCAACGGGGGCGGCAUUACGGAGGAGCCGGUGGAGUUGGCGAAGGAGGAGGAGGAGGAGGAGGCCGUGAUUGGCGAGGACGGGAAGAAGAUCGAUCGGGCUGUAGAGGCUACCCGGCGAACCAGCAUCGAGGACCCAGACGAGGAUGAGGUGGAUGUCGGGGAGGAAAUCAUUGUGCACCGCGGUGCUGGGGUCCAGUAGAAAUGGACUGCUGCUGCGCAGUGAGGCGGGGGAGCCGUACGGACAAGAGAGCACUGGUGGCACGAUUUGGUACGCAGGGCACGUGAGAUGAGUGAUGGCUAAUUAGGGUCAGCUUAUUAUAUAGAGGGAUCUAUGUAUCGAUGAAGGGUCUGUCGCGAUUGUACUUAUACUCUACAUUGACCUUUUGAUGCGUG